AUGCACAUUCUCGUUAGUAUUUUAGUUCCCUACAGUGAUUCUAGAUGGCCCUACCCCCGAAACUUCUGGGGAAAAUGGCCGCCACUUCCUGUACCAUUCUUUGCGGAUGUACCUAUUUCAGACCCAUCCUUUGUUUUGAUUAUUCCCGCGGUUAGUUUUGAACCGAAUGAUCUCGUACGGUACCGUUUGACGGGUGGAACAUUACGCGUUACGUUUUCUGAUUGGAGUGUGUCAGCAGCUGAAAAAGUGAGUAACCCUAAUCAGGCUAUUGUGUUCUAUGUGCCCAGCUCUUUAAAGUGGGAACUACCAGCCGAGUUCCUAGCCACAUUUAACACGCAGCCAGCAAGUUACGAGAAGGCGUGGCAGAAACUCGUGAGAAGAUAUGAGGAUCCCAGAUCAACAAGGGCACCGCCGAGAGCCUCGGGUCGAGAGUGGGAAGUCAAGUUGGGAACUUCCAAGGAUUUUCCCAGUCUACAGGAGUUCGUAGACUUUCUCGAGGCUUAUGGGAGAGCCCUAAAUGCAGGGGCUAGCCUCAAGGAUUAUCAGGAGAGCGGUCCAACGAACAAAAUGCUCAUCACCAAAAUUAAGAGUGGAUAUACAGUCACUCAGCAACAGGAGAGCCAUUCAACAGAGAAGUUACACCUUAAAACGAACUGUGCGUACUGCACAGGCAGACACUUCAUUGCAGUAUGUCCACUCCGCAAGACGCUCAUCCCAGUCAAGAGAAACGACUUUGUCGUAAAUAAGGAGUUGUGCUUCAGGUGUCUUGGUCCUCAUCGCAAGCCGAAGUACAAGUCAACAAAGACGGGUCAUGAGUGUAAUCGAGACCAUCACACACUCAUCCACAACGGAAGCUCGUGGACAACGGGGCCAUCGGCUGGAGCUGGAGUUAGAGCAAUUGAAGCAGCAAAUGAGAGACCAAAACCAGGACUCAGUACAUCAUCAGCAUCAGCAAAGAUCAACAAUCAGAGGAUCAAUGAGAGGUCAACAGAAAUCUACACAGUACAUCAUCCAGAAGGAGAUCAGCAAGCGGUAUUAUUAGCCACCGCCAGACUCAGAGCACAUUCAACCAGAGGUUUCAUUGUGAAAGCUAGAGCACUAAUUGAUCAAGGAUCAGAAUUGUCCUUUUUAACGGAUCAAUUACCACAUCAACUGCAACUCAAGAGAAGGCCAUCAUCAACAGAACUAGUAGGAAUUGGCGGAAUCAAUUCAGGCAUCACACAGGGCGUAGUAACCGUCAGUCUUCAAUCAUUUCAGGGGCAGAAGCAAGUCACAAUCAGCGCCCACGUCCUGAAGAAAUUGACUACUACAUUGCCAUCAUUCUCAUGUACAUUAGCAGACAUCGGCUCACUCGAGAAUCUUCAACUAGCCGAUCCUCAAUAUCUCAGGCUUGGAUCGAUCGACCUCAUCAUAGGAGCAGAUUAUUAUCGGCGGAUUAUCGAGAAUCAGAUCAUCAAGUCCAGACGAACAGCAGUAGUUGGCCAACGCACAGCAUUUGGUUGGAUAUUAUCAGGGCCAGUCAAAUGCAAAAGUUGUUCAACGAAGAUUUCUUUAUCUGCAGUACGAGAAUCCUCGAACGAACAACUACUAGAGCUCCUCCAGAAAUUUUGGGUCCAGGAAGAAUUGCCAAUUCAACAUCAACAUUCAGAGCUGUCAACAGAGGAACUCGAGUGCGAGAAGCACUUUCAAUAA